GUCACCUUCUCCCAGCCAAUGAAAGGCCGCAUUUUUCAGAGCUUAGCCGUGAUAAUGAACAAUGUAAAUGUGUACAGGGGUUUUCCUUCUACUAAUCAUGCGGAUACUCAGAGAAUAGAGACGACUUCAAUCAAAACCAUCCCACCAGAUGACUGUGACCGACGGGUGGUGGUAGGACUGUCAGGUGUAGCAGGCUUGUGCCGUCUAAAUAGCGGGACAUAUUUCGCUGCUUAAGGAGUUGAAGGCAUGUCGUGCUCACAAACGACUGAUCCCACAGUAAAGACAUGCUGUAAACGAUAUAUCGCAGUGCGGGAAACGGUGUUGCCAUGAAGGGUCCCAGCUCCAAAUGGGCCUUCUCCAUGGGCUUCUUAGUGGGGGCCUGCAGUGUCUACGUCUUCCUGCACCAGGUGUGGUUUGAAAGGAGCUACCCUGUGCUGUCAGAGGCUCAGGAAAAAGCCACAGCGGCUGUGGAGAGACCAACCAGCUGGAGAAAGGAGGGAGCCGCUCUUAUCAACCUGCUCCACCCUCACCAUGCAGAUGAGGACAGCUGGGUGGCAGAUGUGCUGUACCAGAAGGUGCGUGUUCUCUGCUGGGUGAUGACAGGACCAUACAACCUACAGAGCAGGGCCCAUCAUGUCAGGGCCACCUGGAGUCGGCACUGUAAUGUGGUGGUGUUCAUGAGCUCAGUGGAGGACCCAGACUUUCCCACUGUGGGCUUGGGCACUAAGGAGGGCCGUGACCAGCUCUACUGGAAGACCAUCCGAGCCUUCCAUUAUGUCUACGAACACUAUGUCAAUGAAGCAGACUGGUUCUUAAAGGCAGAUGAUGACACCUAUGUUGUGGUGGACAACCUGCGCUGGAUUCUGUCCAACCACACCCCAAAAGAACCCAUCUAUUUUGGUAAACGCUUCAAGCCUUACACCAAGCAAGGCUACAUGAGUGGAGGGGCAGGCUAUGUGCUUAGUAAAGAGGCACUCAAGAGAUUUGUGGAAGGUUUUCGGACAAAAGUUUGCACACACACGACCCCUGUAGAGGACCUAGCCCUGGGACAGUGCUUGGAGAAGAUGGGCGUCAUGGCAGGGGACUCCAGAGAUACUUUGCAUCGAGAAACUUUCCACCCAUUUGUGCCAGAGCACCAUCUAACUGGCAAGUUCUCCAAGAGCUUCUGGUACUGGAGCUAUUGUUACUACCCAAUUGUUGAGGGUCCACAGUGCUGCUCUGACCUGGCGGUAUCAUUCCAUUACGUGGAAGCAGAGCUGAUGUACACAUUAGAGUACUACACCUACCACCUGAGGGCAUAUGGCUACACGCCACGCUACCAGCCCCCCCUGCAUCAGGGACUGAGCUUUGGCCCUCUCUCACAGACCACUGUGAUGGUGGGAAUUAAAGAAGCUCAAGAGGUAACAGAUGGAAGGAGUCUCACAUCUACUGCCUUUGCUUUCAGUGGGAACCAAAGCAAAACGGAGAUGAAGUCACACACAGGGGAGCGAGACCAUCUCAACUCAGUCGUCACUGAGAACGGGACUGUAGUCACACAUGACAGACACCACUGAUUCUGUGUUUUAUAUGGGGUUCAAUGUGAUAAGCUGGCACAACUGUUCCUGAGAAGUGUUAUUACCCUGUGUGUCGUGUUGGCUAACCAGCGUUCUCUUCUGACAGUUUCAGACACAGCCAGCUGUAAGCACUCAACGUAGUGGUUACAAUGUGAAUUUAAUUUAGUGGCAGCUGUGAAUGGUUAUUUUUAACCAAGAUAAACACUUGGUUUAGCUUGAUUAAGUUUGCCAUCAUCAGUGUUUAAGUUUAUGACAUUACACAGUCACAGGGGCAGUACAGUGGCGCAGUGGUUAGUGCUGUUGCCUCACAGCAAGCAGGUUCUGGGUUCUGCAUGUUCUCCCUGUGCUUGCGUGGGUUCUCUCCGACUGCUCCGGCCCAUAGGAGUGCUUGUGUGCGUGGUUGUUCGUCUGUGUGUUGGUCCUGUGAUGGGCUGGCAACCUGUCCAGGGUGUACCCUGCCUCUCGCCCGCA